AUGAAGAAUGCUACAGAUAUCCCGAUUCACGGCUGGGUCUCAUCGGGCAAAGACAGGGGUAGCAUUGAUAUCUUGUGGUCUUGCUGCGUAACGAUUGUCCUUUGUUGCUGGGUAUCUGUUUAUCCCAAUGUCGGGUCGCCGACAGAUAAAUGGUAUCAUUCCUUCAUUGAUAAGUUCAAUCUCUUCUGUAUCAGUAUCCUUGGCCCAGAUUUUCUCUUCGGGAUUGCUUUUGGUCAGUUUUCCAGCGCGAGGAGAAGUAUGAAGCUAUUCAACGAAGAUAAACGAUUGGAACAUGGCUUUAGAUGGACAUACACCUAUGCCUUUUUCGUUGAUAUGGGGGGCAUACAUUUGACAAGUCCGGACUUCCCCCAAGGAUUUCCCAUCAACGCCCAGCAGUUGCAUUAUUUGAUCAUGCAUAACCAUGUUGAUCCACCUGAUAUGGAAGCAAUGGAUAUUUCCGAGAGAAACUCCGCAGACACACUUUCUCGGCCUUUUGGUUUUUUGUCACGGAAAUCCAAAGAUUUCGCCAAGGUCUGCCCAUCACGACCUUGGAACUAA